AUGAAGAUUAAUACCAUUAGUACGUACGUGUUGGUAUACCUCUUGACAAACGGCCACUGGAAUCUCAUGGUCCCAGUCAAAGCAGAUGGAGGUUCAACAGGCGGCAGUGAUGCAGGCUCGACAGCCGGUAGUAAAGCAGGCUCAACGGCCGGUAGUGAUGUAGCCGAAGUUUCAACUUUAGAAGCUGACGGUACUGUUGCAUCUCCAGCCAACGAAGGUUCGACAUCCGGUGAUGCCAAUGCCAGUCUAGCAACACCAGCCAGUGGAGCUGACGGUAGCUCAUCAGCAUCAGCUGAUGGAACAUCAUCAUCAGGUGAAGAUGGCUCAUCUGGACAGGCAGCCCCGGCAACUGAAACUGUGUUACUUAAUGGCUUGUACCCUGACUCCUAUACAUCUGGAUGGCAUGUUGACAUGGUAGGUCCAGACCCAAAGCUAAAAGCUAAAAGAGAAGAAGCUAGGCUUGUAGCUGAAGAUGUAAGAAAAACUGCAGAGAAACUCAAGAAAGCUGCAGAUAAAUUGAUCAAAGAAGCCGAUCAAUUAUCGGAAGAAAUUGAAAAACCAUACAAUAUUGAUGAACUCAAUGCUAAAAUUGAUGCAGCUGUCUAUAAUGUGGCCGUAGAAAGGACAGAAGCCGCCAAUGUGUCCAAACCACUCGAUUUGACUUAUUACGAUGGCUUCCCUGACGGUCAUCAUCACCGUGCUGAUCAUAAAGUUUUGGAGAAAAUGUACGCUCAACACAGAAGGGCCAAUAAUGAAAUGUAUAGAGAUGGCUUCCCUGAGGGAUGGCACUUCCAGGAUCCUGUCCUAUUUGCAGAAGCUGAAAAAUACAGAGAAGACAAAUAUAAGAGGGACAAGGAGGCCAAAGGUAAAGAAAUUGAUGACAAACGAAAACAAAUAGCAGAAAAUGAAGGAAAAAUAGACGUUAAAAGUACUCAAAUACUGGUUAAAAAGGAAGAGGUAGAUGAAAAACUUGAAGAAUUAACAGAAAAAAAACAAGAAGUAACUGACCUGAAAGAAUUGAUUAAAGAGCUCCAAAAGGACUUGAAAAAUCUAGAGGGGGAAGCCAGAAAUAUAGCAAGUGAGCAUAGUACACUUAAUAGAGAACUCAUUGUACUUGAUGUGGAGAAGAGGAAGCUAGACGACGAACACGCAAAACUUGAAGGAGAGUAUAAUACAAUCAAACAGGAAGACAGCAAACUGGAUAGAGAAUAUAGAGUAGUGAACGCAAAGCUUGUUUAUGUACAUGGACACAAAUGGGAUAAGCAAGAGGUUUACAAUGACUCGGCUGUGUACGAGGCUCAUUUUGCGUCAGCUGCAUCUACAGUUCCUUUACCAGAAGCUACAGUUCCUUUAUCAGAAGCUAAAAGUCCGGUAGAACAUAAAUACAUAGGCGAGAUUAAUCCGGCUGACAACUUUUCUGAACAUCCACUUUUUACAGCCCAUGUAGCCGCACAAGCUAAGUCGGAAGCCCAUGUCGCUGAGGGUUCGGGUGCAGCCCCUGCUGUUCCAGUUCCCGGUUCAACUGAAGCUAAACCCGUGGAAGAAUCUGCUGAAGACAAGGCAGAGGCUGCUGCAGUUCCGGAGACCAAGCCGGAAGAGGCAGGUCAUGUUGCACCUCCAGCCGUCGAAACACACGUAACCAAGGUUGACGGUCAAGCAGCUCCUCCAGUCAAGCAUGAGGCUCGGACAGCAUCAACAGGUGUUAAAUUUUUCAAGGAGGGAGCAGAUGGUAACAUCGUAGAGUUAGUGGAAAACACUGACUAUACAAAGAAAAAAGUAACUGGUGAUGACAAAUACGAGUUUAAUGCAUCUAGUCCAUGUGUAAAGGUAACAUUUGAUGGUAAUGAGGUAUGGAAGAAGGGAGAUCAAAGUGUUGACGCACCUGUUUCAGUAUCAUAUAGAGAUACGUACAAUGCAAUUGUAGUACGCGAUGAUACCAAGUCAGUGGCUUAUAAGAAGAAACAGGAUAAUACAUGGGCUUAUGAUACUACCAUAACGAGAGCUGCAAAAACUGGAUCUGGCAGUACCGCAGCAACCACAAUGACUAGAACAGGACUAGCAUCACCAGGAAUGGCAAGAACUGCCACUGGUGGAUCAACUACGAACCUUGCCAGUGCUAGCGCUAAAUUAGGAGGAUCAGUGACGAACCUUAGUGCCGGCUCAACAACAGGAUCUGACGAAGGUAAAUCUACUGGAACAGAGGACGUUGCCAAUCUCAAGGAAGUAGAGGAAGAUACAUCUGGAUCAGGGUCAGCUGGCUCAGCUAGUACAACGACCUUAAGAGGAUCAGCAUCAGCAUCACCAAGAGCACAUUAG